AUGGAGGUUGAAGAAAACAUACAAACAGUAUUUAAAAAUAAAUCUGAAGCUCAGUUGUUAUCUUCAAAAAAACAUAAGAAACAUAAAGCUAUAUACAAAGAAGAACAAAUCUUGAAUCAGCUUGAAGAUUAUAAAGAUGCUUCAGUACUAUCUACAGGAAUUGCUAAGAGACUAGUAGAAUA